AUGGCAUUACGCACGCAGAAAAUUGUGUCGACAUUUUUAUCCCUCACACCCAUCGUAAAACCCGAGGCAAAAGGUCUGGCAUAUGACAUGAAAGCGACUUUAAAGGAACAUGACCUUAAACUUGAAAAUUUUAUUGGAAUAGGCACAGACAACGCGUCAGCUAUGACAGGAGCCAAUUAUGGUCUACACAAAAUUUUGAAAACUGGUUAUGUAUUGCCAAAUUUAGUACUUGUGCGUUGCGUAUGUCACUCUUUACAGUUGGCAAUUAGUCAUGCUUCUGAAAACACUAUACCUCGAAACAUAGAAUAUAUGAUCAGAGAAGAAUAUAACAUACAACUGGGUUUGUCUAUCAUCAAAACGUCAAGAUGA